CGACGCGUUUCCGGCCGCGGGGCCGCCGGGAGCUGCGGCCCGGAGCCGCCAUGGCCGGCAGCGGCGGCGCGCCCGCGCUGGAAACCAUCCAGGCGGAUGGGACGGACGGGAACUGCGUCACGUUCGUGCUGCACGACGAGGAUCACACCCUGGGCAACUCCCUGCGCUACAUGGUCAUGAAGAACCCUGACGUGGAGUUCUGUGGCUACUGCAUCACACACCCCUCAGAAAGCAAGAUCAACUUCAGGAUCCAGACCAGAGGGGCCCUUCCUGCUGUGGAGCCAUUCCGGAAAGGGCUGAAUGACCUGAUGGGUGUUUGCCAACACGUGCUCAACACCUUUGAGAGGAGCAUGAAGGAGUUCAGGGCACAGAAGGAGGAGGAGAUGCAGUAGCCUUUGGGAAUGGCAUGGAUGUAACCUCUGUGUGUUGAAUUCCCUGUAUCCAAACGAGGGGGUUUUUUUGUUGUUUUUUUGUUGUUUUUUUGUUGGUUUUUUAUUACUUUUCUGCAAAAUGUAUUUUCUUUAAUAAUAAAGUUUAUUCAUUUA